AUGUCGGCCAGAGACGGAUUGCCUUUCUUCGUUUAUGCCUGUGAUAUUUCCCCACGCGCCAUAGACAUUCUUCGCCAAGACCCAGAACUCUCGCGUUGGUGCCAUGCUUUCGUCUGCGAUAUCACCCAACCUGGUCAAUUACUUUUGCAGCUAAAGGUUUCUACGGCGAAAGUUAUAGAAUCAGGUGCUUCGGAUUGUAAUCUUCACCUUAAGAACCAUUCAGUUGCUCCUAAUGUUGAUGCUGCAGAUAGUCUAGACAUUGGAUUACAAAGCGUCUUGCCUCCUAUAAAUCCCUUGUCUCCGCCUAAAUGGUUUAAAAUAGUAAGCAUGGUAUUUGUGCUAUCUGCUAUUCCAGCAGAAAAGAUGCAGAUCGCGCUUCAAAAUGUUGCUAGGUAUGCGCUUUUUGGCGAGCUUGGUGUGGCUUCAUCAACCUGCUAUGUACCCUGCCCCCCUCUUGAUUUUCUAAUAUGA